GGGAAAGUGAUUUCAAACCAUUACCGAAUCUGUUAAAAAAAAGUCCAAGCUUCAAGAUGGGCGCUGUUGUAUCCUGUGUAUGAUUUCCUUCUUUACCUCUCAACCACUCCCGCCCCCUUAUCAGAGAUAUAUUCUAACAGCCGACAACAGAUCCAAAGUGUCUUCCACGCCAUUGGCGCUUGCCUCAUGGGCAUCGUCAACACCAUCGGUUCGGUCUGCAAAGCCAUCAUCGACGGUGUCGUCACCCUAUUCGACGUGAUCAUCUCCUGCCUUACCUGCGGCUACUGUGGACGGAGGAGGGGAGGAACAAGGCGCACGCGGCGGUCUAG